UUUAUUUUACAGAUUUAUCCAGAAACGGAACACUGUCACUCAUUCUCCUUCAGUUUCCAAACUCAUAAAAUAACCAAAGAGGAAAUCACCUGCACCAAACCUGGAACAAUAUUGAGAGCACUUCAAACUACUGACACAUUCAAGGAGUUAAACCAAAAGACGACACUGGAAGAGAAAGACAUUGUCAUCAAGAGUUGUAAGGGGUACAUAGUGAAGCACUUUCCAUGUUGGCUGAUCGAAGAGGAUGACCUUCUCACUAUUGAGAUGGUCACACAUGCCACAGAUGAAACUGCAGGGGUCACGGAUGAGGAAACAGACAAUUAUGUCACUUUCUCUGUUGAGACAAGAGCAGGGAAAAACAGCAAAACAAAACAAAUACUUAGAAACAUACAACUUCAGUCCUACGGACCUCUAUGUGUCUAUGCAAAACAGAAGCAGGAAGUGAAGCAGGCUCUACGAAAUGAUGGACGCUUCUCUGACAUUGUGUUUGAACAGAAAUGUCAGCUCUCUGAGCGAUCAACAGGAAGCAAGGUUUCAAUGGGGCAAAUAGCAAAAAACCUUAAUGGUCGAAACUUUGAAAUCUGUCUGACAAAACGUAAGACGUCUCCAUCGACGCUAACAACUAAAACAUCAGAUGUAGGGGAGUCCUCUGCGAGAAGAAAGCAGAAUCGGAAAUGCAAUCCCAUUCCAGACCAUGGUGAAAUAUUGAAGAUCCUUCGCAACCAGUUUGAUGAUCUGGUGAAGCAGAUGGAAAGUAGGAGGGAGGACAGCCAAAAGAAGACGUUUCCUGAAGAGUUGGAUCUCAUGAAGCAGGAAUUCGGGAAAAUCAGACAGAAGUUCUCAGAAGUUCACAGAGUGAAGAAAUUGAUUCAACUUGGUGCCUCCGUUUGUCAGGUGAUUGUUGAGGGUGUUCAGGGUGUUCAGGGGACAGGCUUCGUGCUGUUUGAUAACUACAUCCUAACAAAUGCACAUUUGUUUGGUAAAAAUGUAGGAGAGAACAUGCAGCUGUUAGUCAGUGUAUCUGUGAAGUUUAACUAUGAAGAUCCGACUGGAGUGGGUGUGACCGUGAUCAAAGCAAAAACCCUGCUGAUCGACUUUCAAUAUGGAUAUCAGGGAAAACGUUACAUGGACUAUGCCAUACUGGAGAUGGAUCAGAAUAAGACGCAACAGAAAAAGGUUCCUCCUGGUCUCCUCCGUGAAUAUGGCCCAGUUCCAGCAUGCGGUGGGGCCUGCCUCAUUGGACACCCAGAUAGACUGGUGAAACAAAUGGAACCCACCUCCAUCAUUGGCAGUGAGAUAAGAGAGGAGGCUGCGAAUAAAUAUAAACGGGAAAAUGGACAUGCAAUCUUCACAAUAAAUGAUGCCGUUGAAAAAAACAUAAAGCGCUACGAGGAAGUGACGCAGGAGAACAAGGACGACUUUGUGACCUAUAACACCUCCUUCUUCCAUGGAUCUUCUGGCUCUCCAGUCUUCGAUGUCCUUGGUCGAGUGUUUGGCAUGCAUACUGGUGGCUUUGACUAUGCAGGAUAAGCGCACUCGGAGCAAACAGAGUGUGAUAGAGUACGCCUCCCUCUGCUCACCAUAACAGAACUUUGUCAUCCGUUUGAAGGAGGGACAACAA